AUGGCCAGCACAGCCGUCCAGCUUCUGGGCUUCCUGCUUAGCUUCCUGGGCAUGGUGGGAACGCUCAUCACCACCAUCCUGCCGCACUGGCGGAGGACAGCCCACGUGGGCACCAACAUCCUGACUGCCGUGUCCUACCUGAAGGGGCUGUGGAUGGAGUGUGUGUGGCACAGCACGGGCAUCUACCAGUGCCAGAUCUACCGGUCGCUGCUGGCACUGCCCCGGGACCUGCAGGCGGCGCGGGCGCUCAUGGUCAUCUCCUGCCUGCUGUCGGGCAUGGCCUCCGCCUUUGCUGUGGUGGGCAUGAAGUGCACUCGUUGUGCCAAGGGCACACCCGCCAAGACCACCUUCGCGGUGCUGGGGGGUGCGCUCUUCCUGCUGGCCGGCCUCUUGUGCAUGGUGGCCGUGUCCUGGACCACCAACGACGUGGUGCAGAAUUUCUACAACCCGCUGCUGCCCAGUGGCAUGAAGUUCGAGAUCGGCCAGGCCCUGUACCUGGGUUUCAUCUCCUCGUCUCUGUCCCUCAUUGGGGGCACCCUGCUCUGUUUGUCCUGCCAGGAUGAGGCUCCCUACAGGCCCUACCAGGCCCAACCCAGAGUUGGGGCCACCACCACAGCCACCGCCCCUGCCUACCACCCACCAGCAGCCUACAAGGACAACCAUGCCCCCUCGGUGACCUCAGCCUCGCACAGUGGGUACAGGUUGAAUGACUACGUAUGA